GGGUGGGACAAUGUGAAAUUAAAAUUGAAUGGCCCCUUACUGAGCUUUAUUCCUUUUACUCAUCAGCUUAGAUACACAAUCUUCAAGAUGACUACAAUGUUUGACUACCUUAAAAGAGAUGGCAGGAAAGUUUCCACACUGCGUGUAGGAUCCCCUAGUGAAGACCUACGGGUCAAGUGUGGUGAGCUCAUUCACAAAGCAUCACAGGCACUACACACCCCAGAAAAUUAUGCUGAUUUAUUUCAGUAUGGACCGCACAAUGGUAGUUUAGCAGUCAGGAAUGAGCUAGCCAAGUUCCUUAGUGAAGAGUAUGGCGAUAAAGUGGGCUGUGAAGAUAUCUGGGUCACUGCUGGUGCUUCACAGGGCCUUGCAUGCAUAGGAAAUCUCCUCUUUCAGCCUGGAACUGUGGCUUUUGUUGAAGAACCUACAUAUUUUAUUGGUCUAACAGUGUUGCAAGAGGACUAUAGAAUGAAUGUGAUUGGGGUUCCAACUGAUCAAGAUGGAAUGAUUAUUGAUGAGCUUGAGAAAAUGAUGGCUGAACAUUUGUUGACAGCACCAGUCCCAGCUGGUAAUAAACCAUUUGCUGCUAUGUUGUAUUGCAUCCCUACAUUUAACAAUCCAACUGGCUCUGUGCUCUCAGCAGAAAGAUGUAAACAACUGAUUAAACUGCUCCGACGGUACAACGUGCUGGCCUUUUGUGAUGAUGUCUACAACUUGCUUUCUUACAUGGGUGACAGGCCACCAUUUCAAUCGCCACCGAGGCUCUUCUCAUUUGACGACAAGACUGAUCCUGAUUACAAGGGUCAUGUGAUUUCAAAUGGAACUUUCUCAAAAAUACUGGGGCCUGGUUUGCGCCUUGGAUGGAUGGAAGUACCUGAACAUGUAGGAAGGAUUUUGCAUACAACCGGCUAUGCAAAGAGCGGAGGAUGUUUCAACCAUUACACAUCUUGUAUUGUUAGCACUGCCAUUCAAAUGGGUUUGGUAAAGGAGCACUUAGCUUAUGUUCGGGAGGUUUAUUAUUCUCGACUUAAUUCACUUUGUAAUGCCCUGGAUGAAUACAUUCCUUGUUCAGUUACGUACACAAAACCCCGGGGAGGUUACUUUGUGUGGGUAGUUUUUCCUUCUGAAGUGGACUGCGACAAAGUCUAUGAUGUAUGUUUGAAUAAAUAUAGUGUUGACUUCAACAAGGGCUCAGGUUUUUCUUCUAAAAGGCAAUAUAAGAACUGCAUGAGACUCAGUUUUGCAUUCCAUGAUGGUCCUACAAUUGAGCACUGUGUGAAGCAAAUAGCUUUAGCAGUCAAAGAAUGUUUUACUGCAUGAGAAUUAUUAACACUUUAAUGUACUUGCAGGGUCAGUAUAAUUCCUUAAUAUGCAUUCAUAUUGUCUGAGAUGAUUAGAUCCUUUCUUCUCAAAAUCUGGCACCUUUAAUUUGUUAUAAAAAGGUUAAGAAACAAUAAAAAUUGACUGCUUCGGGAAGUAAGUAUAAAUAAAUUUUGAAUCAAUAUCCAUUGCUACACGAUCAGAAUUUACAUGUACAUUUUUUAUUAUUUUAAAGUUUUAGAAAUUAUAUUGUCUCCGAGGUUAUAUUCCAAUGUCAAAUGAGAUUUUGAGAUAUUGCGGAAGAAAACUUGUAUUUAUGUGAUAUAAUUUUUGGAUUUUAUCAUGCUAAAUAUGAAUAUUUUCUCCGGGAUGUCUACUUCUUAAAUAUAUUAGUCAGCUGGUUGACUUUAUCAAGAACAAAACUGGAGGCCAUCUCAAGUGGCAAAUGGUGUCCAUUAGUUAAAUUGAAUUUUCUGUCAGAAAUGUUACUGUUUGAAUAAACCCAUUCAGUAAAGAAUAUUUAGGUGAUGUUUCAAAAAAAAAAAAAUCUUGCUAUACCUUGUACAUGCAAUUGAUAAUAAUAAUUUAUUAAUACUUAGCCACAUUAGCUUUAACUGGUCUUCAUGCAUGCAUGAUCGAAUCAGAAUUUGGGGUGCUUAUUUACUUUUGUUACUUCAAGGGAGGGCAGUUAUUCAGGACAGGGCGCUUAUACAGGACAGGGCACUUAUUCAGGACAGGGUGCUUAUUCAGGACAGGGCACUUAUCCAGGACAGGGUGCUUAUUCAGGACAGGGUACUUAUUCAGGACAGGGUGCUUAUUCAGGACAGGGCACUUAUUCAGGACAGGGUGCUUAUUCAGGGCAGGGCACUUAUUCAGGACAGUGUGCUUUAAUUUUAAAGAAGAGAUCAUUCAUCCUCAUAUUGCUCUGUUACUUCUGACAGUAUUCAUAUGUUGGUGGUUUGUUUUGUUUUGUUUUUUUAAGAGAGAUUGACAAUGCUAUAAUUGAACAAAUAAUCACUGCCAUUUUAACCAGAACCUGUAUCACUCAGAAACAAAAAAUAGGUGGGCAAUUUGUACGCAUGUCGGCUUAGUGUCUGGUGGUUAAAUUUUGGCAGCUUAAGGGAGGGGAGGGGAAGGUGUUUAUUGGAAACAGACUAUUUUAUAGGGACAAGAUGCUCAUUUCAUUUCUUAUUUCAUUUCAUUUCUUAUUUCAUUUCUUAUUUCAUUUCAUUUCGUAUUUAUACUAAUACUA